GCCCACUGGAUGCGAGCUGCUGAAGUCGCAGCCACUCCACUCCAUGUUUUGCCCUGCCCUUGUGCGUUCUGCUCGCCGUGCAGCGUGCGUCUCCGUUGCAUUUCGCUGUCCUCACACAGACACAAACACAGGGCUUGUGUGCAUGCGGGAGAAGUUGUUGGCACAGAGAGCACCAGGUAGCAACUGUCUUCUUCUAACGGAUUUGUUCAAGCUGGGAGCAGUCGGACUCACUGGGUUCUUUUUUUUCUUUUUGAGGUGGGAAGACAACGAAGCUUUUGCGAUGAGGUGGACGUACCAGUAUCUAAAGUGAGGAGUGAUCUUUUUCUCUUUUUUCUUUUUGCUUUUGUUUUAAUGAACAUCUGACAUCGCGCUCAGUGGAGAAAUCUUUCACGCAGCCCUCUGGAUUUCUUUUAGGAGCUCGUUUUCCCCCCGUGAAACGUUAUCAAGGAUUUCACUGAUGUAUGCGAUGUGGAGACUGCAAGUCGCCUUAUGUACUCUGUCGUUGCUGUCCCUGUCAUCUGGUGGUGAAAGCAAAGCGCGGAGCUGUAGCGAGGUUAGACAAGCUUAUAACGCUAAAGGAUUCAGCCUCGUCAAUGUACCUCAUCAGGAAAUAUCAGGUGAGCACCUGCGUGUCUGUCCUCAGGGAUACACCUGCUGCACGUCCGAGAUGGAGGACAAACUCAGCCAACAGAGCAAACUGGAGUUCGAGAACCUGGUUGAGGAGAGCAGCCACAAUAUGAGGACGACGUUUGUCUCGAGGCAUAAAAAGUUUGAUGAGUUUUUCUUGGAGCUGCUGGACAAUUCUGAGAAGUCUCUGAACAGUAUGUUCACACGGACGUACGGGAAGCUGUAUAUGCAGAACUCAGAGGUGUUCCAGGACCUGUUCACUGAGCUAAAGCGCUACUACACUGGGGGAAAUGUCAAUCUGGAAGAGAUGCUGAACGACUUCUGGUCCAGGCUUCUGGAGCGCAUGUUCCAGUUACUCAACUCGCAGUACCACUUCACAGACGACUACCUGGAGUGUGCCAGCAAAUACACAGACCAGCUAAAGCCCUUUGGGGAUGUGCCCAGGAAACUCAAGGCCCAGGUCACCAGGGCCUUCAUCGCUGCACGGACGUUUGUCCAGGGGCUAAUGGUGGGUCGGGAGGUUGCCAACAGGGUCGCCAAGGUGAAUGUAGUGCCAGCAUGUGCCCGAGCCUUGACAAAGAUGCUGUAUUGUCCAUACUGCCGUGGCCUGCCCGGGCUGAAACCCUGUCACAACUACUGUCACAACGUCAUGAGGGGCUGUCUAGCAAACCAGGCAGACCUAGAUCCUGAAUGGAACCUCUUCAUAGAUGCUAUGUUACUGGUGGCAGACAGACUGGAGGGACCCUUCAACAUUGAAACAGUUAUAGAGCCAAUUGACAUCAAGAUCUCUGAGGCUAUCAUGACCAUGCAGGAGAACAGCAUGCAAGUGUCAGCCAAGGUUUUUCAAGGGUGUGGCCAACCAAAGCCAUCAGGAAUAGGCAGGUCUGCACGCGGCAUCACAGAUGUGUUUAAUGCUCGCUUCAGACCCUACACCCCUGAGGAGAGGCCAACCACAGCAGCUGGAACAAGCCUGGAUAGACUGAGGGUUGUCUGGAGGACAAUGCAACACAGUGUGAUUGACAUCAAAGAGAAGCUGAAGGAGUCCAGGAGGUUCUGGUCCAACCUGCCAGACGACAUCUGUGCCAAGGGCAAGCUCACAGAGUCUGACGACGAGCAGUGCUGGAACAGCCACGCGAAGGGCAGAUAUUUCCCUGAAGUGGUGAAGGAGGGUCUAACCAACCAAGUGACCAACCCAGAGGUGGAUGUGGAUAUCACCAGGCCUGACACACUGAUCCGGCAGCAGAUCAUGGCUCUACGUGUCAUGACCAAUAAGCUAAAGAACGCCUACAAUGGAAAUGACAUUUACUUCCAGGACUCCAGUGACGAGGGCAGUACUUCUGGCAGUGGCAGCGGCUGCUCUGACGGCUGCACAACAGAGUUUGUUUUUGUCGGAACAGAGGCUCCUGUAAUUGGAGCUGACAGGAGCGAUGAACGCGCAGCAGCAGCAGCCGCUGGCAAGUCCCUUUCCCGUGGACCCUCCCUACUGCUGGUGAUGGCCGCCCUCACACUCCCACUUUGGGCAAUGCAGACUCACUGGAGAUAAUACACGAGUGUGGCCUGAUCCCUGACUUUUAUACUGUUACAUACAGUAUGUUUAACAGCAAGUUCUACUGCUGUUCCCUCACUGGACAUGUAGAACCUCCUGGAAACCUGUCAAGAAUGGCUUACUGUAUGGUAGGACUGGAAGUGAGUGCAGUGCUUCAUCCUGCUCGUCCCCCAAAGAAUGUGCGGUGCCAUCACUGAACCAGCUUUCACAUCUCUGAAAAAAAAAAAGAAAAUGUGGUGUUUCUUCAAAAAUGCUCCUCUUUUAGAAAGUCUCACCAUCUCAAGAUGGCUCUGUCAAUGAUUUUCCAGAUGAAGGAGAAUCUAUUUUUCUUUUUCUUUGUAUGAUGAAGUUGUGAAAUCGAGACACCCAGUUUAUCCUAUUAGUCUUCUCCCCCUCAGACAAAAGGAGAAAGUCUUACUGUGUGCAUGCAUGGAAAUUAUGUUAAUUGACAAAAAAAAAAAAAAACAUUUUUUGGGAUUUUCUUUUUUUUAAUGCAGGCUACACGGUUUUGGAUUGGUUGGUACAGCAUUGUCCAGUGCUAGCAGUUCACCUGGUUUCCCGUUUGGUCAUAUCAGUGCAGCUUAAGGAAGCAGCAGUUCUUACAGCCACUUUAUAGUUGCACAUUUGAUUAUCUCUAAGAAAGUGCCAGUGUUCUGCACUAAGAGAUCUACUUUGCACAGAUUAUUUUUGUUGGCUUCAUAAGUUUAUAAAGCUUCAGGAAACAUCCACCCCAUAGAGAGAGAAGAUCUAUAUUUUCAGAUCAUUUAACUGAUUGUAUUGUACUUAAAAACAGUUGGCAUAUGUAUUCCACAGGAAGGUACUGUAAUGUAAUCUUAAUGGGUUAGUAAAUGGCUACAUUUUUAUAAAUGUAUUAUUUGUUUUUACAAGUUAUUUGAUCACGGUAAAAUGACAAAAGAAAGUUUUAGUAACAACAGAAAGCCAUUAUGCUACAAUUGCCUGCUAACAAUGUUCAGUUACCUGAUUUACACUCUUCUGUUUGUGCAUUUAACAUGCAUCUAAACAUUUCCUUCUUAUUUCUCAGAGGACUAUAUUAGAAAUAUUAGGUAUAUGUUAAUGAUAUUUUCAUUUAUUUUCUUGGCUGUCAUACUUUAAUUAUAAAUGAUUAUGAUUUAUUUCCUAUAUUUUUCACGACGUUUAUAUUACAUAUAUGGGAGGUAUGGAGAAAUCGUAACCCUCGUCCUGUGAGCUCACAUGUAGCCCUCUGACAGGCUCUGCAGAUUUACCCACUCACAUCUAAUGAAGCCUCACACUGAAAUGCGCAUGGUCUUGUUUGGCCAAUGAGAACUAGGGAUGUCACGAUACCAGAAUUUUGGUUGUUGGUACCAAUACCAUUAAAAUUUCACAAUCCUCAAUACCAAAUUCGACAACAGAGGCUGCUGUGCACACAGUGUGCUAACGUGUGCACAUACACAAGCAGCAAGCAGUAGUUCGAAUCAAGUUGACAAACAUGGUGUAAAAAUAUCAAUUCCAAAAGUCAGUGUUAUAUUUAUCAGACUGAACGGUGAUAAUGUUAGCUUGCUAAUGUUGUGAGCGCCCAGCUCCCAUUAUGAGCUGUCGUCUAUGUUAGCCUAAACAAAGUAACGUUAGCCUGUGAAUGUUGUGUGUGGAGCUUUGCUUUGCUACAACAGAUGCCAGCUGUCACAGAUUACAAACUAUAAUGGUAACAUUUCAGGACAUGAGCAUUUUGAUGACAUGUUGUUUAUAUAAAUUUAACCACUGAAACUCUCUCACCCUGAAUUCUGUGUACAGAUGUGUAUUUCUGUCUUUGGGCUCCUUAGAUAAGGUUGAGGUGUUUCCUCCUUUGAUUUGAAAUGCUCUAUGACACUGUUUGCAUUCUGGCUUUUGGUGCUCUAUAAACUGUCUCUGCUGAUCCUCAUCAAAUGCAAAAUAUUUCCUUAGACCAGUCUUGGUGUGUUUUUGUUUUUUUUCCACAAGUUGCAGUGGACCUGUUGCUGCAACCGCACUUGCUGCUCAUCAUUCCAGGUGUUAUUGUUUACUGUGCCUGCCUCCUUCUUCUCUUUGAGUUUGAUGUCAGACUAGAGCGCUCGUCGGGUUAUUUUACUGCCCCCAUCAGUCCUGGAAGAAUUGCAUGUCAAUACUUUAGAAAAACAAGUACCAUGACAUUUUCAGAAUUUUGGCAUCGACUUGGUACCAAAGUAUUGGUUCUCAUGACAUCCCUAAUAACAAAAGACCUACCACCCCUACUGGCUACAGGUUGUACUCUUAGAAAGUCAGCAGCUGGAAAACAAGCAGGGUGCCGAGGUUAGAGGGCUGUGACUGUGCUUUUAGAACUAGUGUUACUAUACAUAACCUCCAUUUUAUCUCCUGCAGGCUUUGACCUCUGACAGGCUCUAGAGGCUUACGGAGCAAAGCCAAUAGCUUGCACUCUACCAACACAACACAAUGGCAGUGACCUCUGGUAACGCAGAAAAAACAGGACCAGAAAUGUUGCAGGCAUACUGCUAAAACAAACCAAGGGCAAAAUGUUCACUGUUACAUGAAAGAAGGCCUUUGAGGCAGCCAAUCUCAUGCUGGACUCAGCUCAUAAGCACCUGAAAUGCACCUGAAAUACUUUCACAUAGCCAAUAAUUCUCUUGUCUCUACAGAGACCCUACCCACAGCCCAUUGCUAUAACAAAUUGCCAUCUGAUGUGAGCAUCUUAAAAAGACCGUGCAUUUAACAAGUUUCCUGUCUCUGUCGCCAGCAUGAGGGAAGAUUGAAAAAAAGCUUCAAGCUGCACCUUCCCUCUAAGACCUGAAAAAUAUCUGAUGUUCAUAGGCACAAAUGAGAGGCACGGGCAAACAGCGGCGCUUCUGUGUUCUCAAAUGAGCGAACAACUAGAGUUGACUGAUCUCUGCAUUGAUAAGGUUUGAGGCAGCAUCAGAGUUGCCUCACAGACAGCACCAUAAGGGGAAUCUCUCCUCAGUGGGCUCGUAUGGCUCACAAGAGAGACCCCAAGCACCACAGGAAUCCCACUGCAGUACAAUUGACCUCUGUCACCUCAGUGUCUGCAGAAACCGCCUAAGGAGUAGGUGACUGAACAGCAGCCUCCCACCAAAACCAGCGUGGUAAAAUUAAAUCACUGAUGCAUAAUCCUUAAUUGUGGAGUGCGACAGGAAUGAACAAAAACUGCAGCCUGAGGAGAGACACUGAACACUGAACUGAUCAACGAAAAGUCGCCCCAACAUCAAACUGUCCAGUUCAGUAAAACAGUGCAGAUUGUUCAUUUCCAUUCACUUGUUUUUAUGCACAUGUUCAAUUUGCCCAAGCAAAACCUGAGUGGAAAUGUUGGAAAACCACAAAAAAGCUUUUACUCUUGGGUGAGGUGAAAAGUUGGUGUAUAGAUGAAAACAAAGUGAUGGAAACAAACUAAUCUCAAAAACAUACAUAAAGCAUGUGACAUUUGAUGGUCUUGAUCUUUCUUAUUGUCUCCUCUUCUGUGAUAGUUGAAUGUCACAGGAUUGGAGAUUUAACGCCGUCAACUGUCUUUCUCAAUGCACCAAACUUCUAAUAUUUACAUGAUAUUAGCUAAUGGGAACAUGCAUUAAUUUGCUGCAUUCUCUAGGAGAGAAUGCAAUGAGCAUUUUUAAGAUGUGGGUUGGUGAGUGCAUUCUGAUUGGUAUUUUAGCACUUAAAGGGGUGAGUGUGCAAGCCUGUCGAGCCUUUCUAGAUAUAAGCCUGUAUGAGAUAGAACCAGGGCGUGCAGUGGAAACUAAACACACGUAACCAGAGUUUACCCACCUCUCAAAAUCUAAAAUAGUGUUUACUCAGCUGUUUAUGCAGACGUUACAUGGGUUACACUCUAUGGCAAUUUUCUCUUGGAUAUUUUGGAUUGCUCGUGUGAUCUGCAGGAUCACGGUGUCUUUACAAAAGCCCACCACCCAACUGUGUUAAGGAGCGGUGAAAUAAACAGUGAGUCAGACGAGAUGAGACAGAUGGGAGGUAGUUAAACAGGAUGGAUAUAUAGCAGUAACUAUUUAUAAUGUGCUGAAUAUUGAGUGAAUUAUUAUUACAGUAACUAGCUGUCAGAGUUGAUGUGCAGCAGCAGGUUUCCUGAGCUGUUAGGGUUUUACCCACCGAGGUGUAGUCCUGGAUUGCAGAUAACUGCAGUAAAGGACAUUUCAUGUAAAAAUCAUGGUCUGUCACAUGGGGCCAUUUGAGCUCAUGAAGCUCAGACUCAUAAUUCAGUUUUAGCUUGAGACGUUGAUAUCGCUGACUUGAUACAGAAUCUUCUGACUUUUAGAAGUAAACACAAAUAGGUGUUUUGUCUGCACUUUUAUUUUUGCUGUGCAGUGCAGUGUCAUAUUGUUUCCCAAAACUAGACCCAAUUGUGCAGUAACAGAGUUGCAUUCAGAUGAUCUUUGUGCUUUGGUGAUUCUAUAAUUGGUAAAUGAAAAAAAUAUACAGUAUACAACAGGAAGGGUCGAUUAGAAGUGCAAGUAAGUGGGUUAUAUAUUUACAAGUCUAACAGCCAUAUAAAUUCAGUUUUGAAGUAAGAAAACAUUGUGGAGGCAGUUAUUUCUGAGUCAGGGUCAGAGCUGAGGCAGAACAGUCAGUACAGUGUGUGUUCCAUAGUAAGGCAGGACGUUAGCUGUGUGGCUUCAGAUACUGGCAUUGUUCAAGCUUUGGCACUGCUGCCUCCUCAGUGAAGCUUAAUGGCUACAUUUGUGAAAGUGUAAAAACUGUGUAAGCAUCUGCAGCCAUACAAAGUUUGGAUGCUCACGAAAGAGAAUCCACCACAUCUGUCAUGGCAACAAGAAGACUUUUGGAUGAGUGAGGGUGAGGCAGAUGUGUACUGGUGUUCCUGAAAUACAGUAAAGUAAGUGAAUUAAGAAAAGACAGUUUCAGAAGAAGAUCCAAUUUUCCCAAAGAGCUCGUAUCGUUACAAACAACAGUCUUCUCUCAUUACGACAAGAGGUAUGUUUGCCAUUUUCCACUGCCUUGUGUAUUCCUCUCUCCCUCCUAACAAGCUAUGUUACCCUGGUCAGACAUGCAGUUCAAUGUCUGAGAUGCUUCAGUGCUUAACUUAAUUUGUUUGUGAGCCUUUUUUCUUUUCUUUUUUUUUUUUUUUGUCUCAUACAUUCUCCAGCAUUUGAAAAACUGAAAAAAAAAGGAGUAAAAUUGUGGUUGGCUGAGGUUUUUUUUACAGAAUGUUUAGAACAAAAUGUGUUAUGCAAGGUCUUCUCCAUUUUGAUGUUAAUCAUUUGCUGCACUUUUGCUAAAACAUAUGCUGUGAGUGUGGUACUGUUGUGAUUUGCAAAAUCAGAUAAGUAAGGAGCACAUAAAGGUUUCUGGAGCUGUCAGUGCACGCUGUUUAAAGUGUUUGGGGGGAACUGAAGUUGAUAGUUAUACAAGCAGACAUGCCUUACCAUUUUUUAAAAUACUAAAAUGGAUUGCUUAUUUGGCUUUUGUUACACAUUCUUGUAUACAGAAAAUAAUACAAAGGUGAUAAUAAACAUUUUAAUAAAAACAACUUGUUUACUGUA